AUGUCCGUCAGAACUUUGCGAGACAUAAACUCCUUCCCCGAUGACAUACUUCUCAACAUCUUUCAUCAUCUCCGUGAUUUAUCAAGGGACAUUGCAUCCAUCUCACUCACUUGCAAACGAUGGCAUUCGUGUGCAGUUAUUGUCAACUAUCGCUCGGUUUCAUUCAACUCCCAGGACAGAUGGAAUACUUUUGUCAUGUCCGGACUCUUAACCAAAUACGCUCAUCUCAUAGAAUCAAUUUUAUUCUCUAUGAUUGAUUUGUCAUUGGAUGACAAGGAAUUACUUCUAAAUUGUUGUACAUCGUUGACAUCUAUUCAGUUGCUUAAAUGUAAGAAUUUAGAUUCAGACUUCUUACGUGACUGGGUGAAGUCUAACAAUAAGACUCUACAAAGUCUCAGACUAUGGGGACCUAGGCUAUUUGCGAGUCCAGUCACUGCUGUUACAGACGAUUUCCUCGCUCCAGUUCUCGCACACUGUACUAACCUCAGAGAACUAAGAGUAAUAGGAGCCGACAUCACAGAUGCAUUCCUUCUUUGCAUUGCCACUAGUCCUAACUCAUGGCCUGCAUUGGAGUGGGUUGAUCUUGCUGGAUGUUUAGCCGUGACUGCAUUUGGCGUGGCUGAGCUGUUCUCACCCGGACAUUUACCCGCUUUAAAGAAUUUGCGACUAGAAUUUAAUAAUAAAAACGAGAUGGGCGUCGAUUUCUUUGAAUUUUUAGCAAGCAGUUUUCCCAACUAUAAAUUCCAUAUUGUUAUCGCUCAUUGGUACUAUGAACCAAGAUAUGGAAAUUUGACCGAGCAGUUGGCAGCACUGAGUAGGAGAAGGAAUAAUGUAUUCUUAGAGAGGAGAUUAGGGAAUGCUACAACGGAAGAGUUCAGUUUAUAUCCUGCUCCUCCUUAG